UCAUUUUAAACACAACUACAUUACACGGAAAGAACGCAAUGUAGGCUGUUGCCUAAGUACUGACUGAGACAAGGGGCUGCUUGGCACUUCGUAUAAACAUCCGCGCUCAGCCGUAUUACUGCGCUCUUUAUGCCGGUGUUUAUUAUUAGAGCUACGCCCCGCCCCUCCUACCUGUUCAUCUCUCUCUGGUUCUCUGGAGCGAGCGGUUCCGACAGGCGCAAUCAGCUGGCGGAUCUGCGCGGGCCUGGGCGGGAGCACAGGAACACUGGUGGAAGACUACAUUUACCCGAGAGCUUAUCAUUGUUUGCUGAAUUUAGUGGAAACACCGUUAGAUUAUGUAUUUUCGCAUCGUGGCAACCGUUUGGGGACUUGAAAUAUAUUCAGCCAUUCGAAAACCAUAUAGGCUAUCAAUGAAAUUGCCGUUUAGAAAAGUGAAAUCGAUUGUCCGCCGUUAAUCGACGGAAUCACUGGACGGAAGACGGCUUGAGAGGCCGGACAGAAGCUGGUUGAAGAAAACAGCCUUGUUUUAAUGUCGCUGCGCCUAUCAUAAUCUGAAACAUUGGCAGCCUCGACGCCUGCUAGAUGAGACCAUCUUUGCCAUGGCAUUUGUCCUGAAAGACUUGGAAAACCCCUAAAAAUGAAAAACGCUCAACGUUUAUCAUUACUGCGGAUUUAAAUGCCUCUCACGAAUGGACACCGACCCGCUAUUUCGGUCCAGUUUGUGCGUGCGGCGUUUUCCACUGUAGCGGAAAUCUGAACUAGAUUGCAAUAAACACAGUGCGGGUGACAAUAAUAUAGAACGCGAAGGGGGGUAUUUUUGUUUCAAGCAAUAUGGCUGGUGAGUGGGGCUGGGGACGCUGGCACAGGCUCUCCAAGGCUCCUAGAUGCUAGCUGAGCCGGAUGCCACCGUUCUCCAUGGAAGCGGCAACUCUAUGAUGAGUAGAAAUAUCUAUCAUAAUAAAAAUCAGGACUCCUCGAUCUCUAUAUCCAAGAUGGACGUGAUCAUCCCCUUCUCGCCAGACGUGCCCUGCGACAAUAAUGGCCAGCGCAUGUGGUGGGCAUUCCUCGCCUCCUCUAUGGUGACGUUUUUCGGGGGUCUCUUCAUCAUUCUCCUUUGGAGGACCCUUAAAUACCUGUGGACCGUGUGCUGCCACUGCAACACCAAAAAGAAGGAGGCCCAGAAGGUGAAUAACCCUGCUAACAGUCAGGCAGCAGAUGGGACACCUAAGGGUCCUGAUGAGAAGGACGAAGUGGUACCUGCCAGCGAGGUGGGGUGGAUGACCUCUGUGAAGGACUGGGCCGGGGUCAUGAUAUCAGCACAGACACUCACCGGCAGAGUCCUGGUCGUGCUCGUCUUUGCUCUCAGCAUUGGAGCACUUGGAAUAUACUUUAUAGACUCUUCUGAUCCCAUAGAAUCCUGUCAGAAUUUCUACAAAGAUUUCACGUUACAGAUCGACAUGUUCUUCAAUGUCUUCUUCCUCCUCUACUUUGGGCUACGGUUCAUAGCAGCCAAUGAUAAGCUGUGGUUCUGGCUGGAGGUCAACUCAGUGGUGGACUUCUUCACUGUUCCUCCUGUCUUCGUAUCGGUCUACUUGAAUAGGAGCUGGCUGGGCUUAAGAUUCCUGAGAGCCUUGAGAUUGAUACAGUUCUCAGAAAUUUUACAGUUUUUGAAUAUCUUAAAAACAAGCAAUUCCAUCAAGCUGGUGAACCUGUGUUCCAUCUUCAUAAGCACAUGGCUAACAGCUGCCGGAUUCAUACAUUUGGUGGAAAACUCAGGGGAUCCUUGGGAAAACUUCCAAAAUUCCCAGUCACUUUCCUAUUGGGAAUGUGUCUACUUGCUCAUGGUCACUAUGUCAACAGUGGGCUACGGGGAUGUCUAUGCAAAAACCACCCUGGGACGCCUAUUCAUGGUCUUCUUCAUCCUUGGGGGUUUGGCCAUGUUUGCCAGCUACGUCCCUGAAAUCAUAGAGUUAAUAGGAAACCGCAAGAAAUAUGGUGGUUCCUAUAGUGCGGUUAAUGGGAGAAAGCACAUUGUGGUCUGUGGUCAUAUAACGCUCGAAAGUGUCUCCAACUUCCUCAAAGACUUCCUACACAAGGACAGGGAUGAUGUCAAUGUAGAAAUUGUUUUUCUCCAUAAUAUUUCCCCUAAUCUUGAGCUGGAAGCCUUGUUCAAACGCCACUUUACCCAGGUAGAGUUCUACCAGGGAUCUGUUCUCAACCCUCACGAUCUGGCCCGAGUGAAGAUUGAGUCAGCAGACGCCUGUCUGAUUCUGGCUAAUAAAUACUGUCCAGAUCCCGAUGCUGAAGAUGCCUCCAACAUCAUGAGGGUCAUCUCUAUCAAGAACUAUUCCCCCAAGAUACGAAUUAUCACUCAAAUGUUACAAUACCAUAACAAGGCUCACCUGCUCAACAUUCCUAGCUGGAACUGGAAGGAGGGUGAUGAUGCUAUCUGCCUAGCAGAGCUGAAGGCUGGCUUCAUAGCUCAGAGCUGUCUGGCCCAGGGCCUCUCCACCAUGCUGGCCAAUCUCUUCUCCAUGAGGUCUUUCAUUGAGAUUGAAGAGGAUACAUGGCAGAAGUACUAUUUAGAAGGGGUAGCUAAUGAGAUGUACACAGAGUAUCUGUCCAGUGCCUUUGUGGGGCUCUCCUUCCCAGCAGUCUGUGAGCUGUGCUACGUGAAGCUGAAGCUGUUGCUUAUCGCCAUCGAGAACAAGUCGGAGCUGGGAGAGAGCAGAAGCAGAAAGCGCAUCCUCAUCAACCCGGGGAACCACGUAAAGAUGCAGGAAGGAACUCUGGGGUUCUUCAUCGCCAGCGAUGCCAAAGAAGUAAAGAGAGCAUUUUUCUACUGCAAAGCUUGUCACGACGACAUCACAGACCCUAAACGGAUCAAAAAGUGCGGUUGCAAACGACUGAUUUAUUCCAAGAUGUCCGUCUACAAACAAAUGAAACUGGCAUGUUGUUUUGAUUGCGGCCGUUCAGAGCGAGACUGCUCUUGCAUGUCAGGCAGUGUACAUAGUAACAUGGACACCCUACAGAGGGCCUACCCACUCUCCUCUGUCUCUGUUCAUGAUUGCGCAACCACUUUACGUGCCUCCAAAUAUAAGUAUAAUGGAUAUGUCAGAUCACCAGAGGGCGCGACAACACCAGGGAUAACGGGAAGUCAAAAAGAGACCGGCGUUCGGUUCAAAGCAGAUUGCAAUUUAGUGAAGGAUGAAGUUAGAUCAUCUUUACAAAACCGAUCGAUAAAAAUUGCCAACUGCACCUCGCCGCCCUCCACCAUCACCUCUAAUGCCAUGCGCCCCCAAGCACUGCCUCGCCCCUCCCUCCACCAGGACCCCCCGGUCCCCCAGGGAGAGGUCACCGCCGUACCCCUCGUUAAUAACCGCAAAGGAAGCCUGCUUCCUCCAGGGGUGGGGCUGGGUCUUGGGCCCCAUGGGGGGUUCCGCCUCAGUAUCUCAGGCCCCGGCAGGGGGGACACGGCGGGCAGGGCCCUGGCCGAACAGAGCAGGCUGAACCGGGCCCGCAGCCUGCCGGUGAAAUACUGUUACCACCCCAGUAACGCAUCUCUGCACGGCCACAGCAGCAGGGCCUUUGAAGAUGAGCACCCGUCAACUCUGUCGCCCAAAAAAAAGCAGCGGAACGGAGGCAUGCGAAACUCACCCAACAACUCGCCCAAAAUGAUGAGCAGGCAUGACCCUCUACUAAUCCCUGGGAACGAGCAGAUGGAGAACAUGGACAUGAAUGUGAAGCAGUAUGACUCCACGGGAAUGUUCCACUGGUGCCCAUCUAAAGAGAUUGAGAAGGUCAUCCUGACCCGGAGUGAGGCAUCCAUGACGGUGUUGAGCGGCCAUGUAGUGGUCUGUAUAUUUGGAGAUGUCACGUCCGCUCUAGUGGGGCUGCGAAACUUGGUGAUGCCUUUGAGAGCCAGCAACUUCCAUUAUCACGAGCUGAAGCCCAUAGUGUUUGUGGGCUCGCUGGAGUACCUGAGGAGAGAGUGGGAAACUCUACAUAACUUCCCCAAGGUCUCCAUACUACCUGGUACGCCAUUAAGUCGUGCAGAUUUAAGGGCUGUCAACAUCAACCUCUGCGACAUGUGCGUGAUACUGUCGGCCAAUCAGAACAAUAUCGACGACGCCUCGCUGCAGGAUAAGGAAUGCAUUCUGGCGUCGCUCAACAUCAAGUCUAUGCAGUUUGACGACAGCAUCGGGCUCUUGCAGGCUAACUCCCAAGGUUUCACGCCUCCUGGAAUGGACCGGUCAUCUCCAGACAGCAGUCCAGUACAUGGUUUAGUACGCCAGGCCUCCGUCACAACCGGCGCCAACAUCCCCAUCAUCACUGAACUAGUGAACGACUCCAACGUUCAGUUCCUGGACCAAGAUGAUGACGAUGACCCGGACACAGAGCUGUACCUGACACAGCCCUUCGCCUGCGGAACCGCCUUCGCCGUCAGCGUGCUGGACUCUCUCAUGAGUGCAACAUACUUCAACGAUAAUAUCCUCACCCUGAUCCGGACGCUGGUGACUGGGGGAGCCACCCCGGAGCUAGAGGCUCUAUUGGCCGAAGAGAACGCCCUGCGAGGGGGCUACAGCACGCCACAGACACUGGCCAACCGAGACAGGUGUCGUGUAGCCCAGCUAGCCCUCUAUGACGGGCCCUUUGCCGACUUGGGGGACGGCGGUUGCUAUGGAGAUUUGUUCUGUAAAGCGUUGAAGACGUACAACAUGUUGUGCUUCGGAAUCUACAGAUUGAGAGACGCUCACCUCGCCACGCCUAGCCAGUGUACCAAACGGUAUGUGAUCACCAACCCUCCGUAUGAGUUUGAGCUGGUCCCCACAGACCUGAUCUUCUGCCUGAUGCAGUUUGACCAUAAUGCGGGCCAGUCCCGGGCCAGCCUCUCCCACAGCUCUCACUCCUCCCAUUCCUCCAGCAAAAAGAGCUCAUCCGUCCACUCCAUCCCCACCACCAACCGGCAGAACCGCAGCAGCAAGGCCCGGGAGGCCAGCCACAAACAGAAUGCAACAAGGAUGAAUAGAAUGAGCCAAGAAAGGAAAUGGUUUACAGAUGAACCAGAAAAUGCCUACCCACGGAACAUUCAGAUCAAGCCCAUGAGCACUCACAUGGCCAACCAAAUCAACCAAUACAAAUCCACUAGCAGUCUGAUUCCACCAAUCAGAGAAGUUGAAGAUGAAUGCUGAAAACCAGGCCCCUUGAUGACUUGUGAGAAGUCUGGACGCUCUUUCGAAAAGAGAGAAAGAGAGAUGACGAACGGGGAUGAUGAUGUUGAUUCAUUGGUCCCCACUCAUUCUACAGAUCAAGGGUUUGACAUAAACACCACAACUUGAAGGGACCUCCUAUGUGUAUACCUUUAAUGUUACUUCCAUGCUCUACAAUGGACAAUGUUUUAUUUAUCAAUCUUCCAUAGAGAUGUACAUAAUGACAAUCAAAUAAGGAUUGUUCACCCCCCUAGCACUUUUGAAAUUAUUUUAAGAGUUGAAAAAAGAGAAGAAAAAGUACUUCCUGUCAUUAUUUGCAAUAGUUCACAUCUUUGUGUGACCAGACUCCAUGGCUACUGUAGCUGAGGUUACUAUUGGUUGUUGGAGGAUGAGGGCCGCGGCAGUUUUCUCAUCACAAUAUCAUAACAUCUCCAAAAGAUCCACAAAACCCGCUGGGGUUCACCGCUCACCACUCAUACUCCCUAUCUGCUUCUGUUCUAUUUGCACAAAAACUGACCACCUUCUUUUGCAACAUAACGACUUGAAACAUUGACAUCUCCCCAAAACAACUACCAUCACAGAAAGUGUCAGCUUUUUGGUUGUUGAUUCACUGAAUGAAAGAAAAGCUGCUUGUCAUUUGGAGAGAUGUACUGUGGUAAUGUGGAAAGAUCCAUUAUGUCACUGCUUAGGGUAUGCUACUGUAUGUCAUCACACUGUUGAGUAAUCAAUGAAUGCAUUCCAGUCCUGUAGAAUGGGAUCAUAUUGAAAAUCAGGUGUCUUGAGACUCAGAGUACAGUAAGAGACAGUUCUUGGAUAAGCUGGCUGACAGAGUAUAUAGCUACACUGUACCUACAUCUGUUCUGGUGAUAUCACAAUGAAUAUGGAUGAUAAUGAUGUCUAUGACAGCGUUUCAAGCUCCUAUCAUCGCAUGGUAUGUCCCUGAGCCCUUCUAUAACAAUAGAGCGCAGAUGAUCACCUUAAACUGAAAACAUAAAAGGGAAGAAAGAACAACCUUGUCCUAUCCCUUAUGUGCAAACAUGAAAGGGGUGUUUGGACAACCUUGUCUCGUCCCUGGUGAAAACAUGAAUGGGGUGAAAAGACAGCCUUCUCUUGUCCCUUGUGUGGACAGACGAUGCAUAUGGUAUGUACAUGCAAUGUGUGUACUGUACAUGGCAGCGACGUGUCCCCUCAGUAAGAACAUUGGUGGUACAUCUGAGUUAAAUGCAUAAAUUGGUAUCAUCAUCAUCUCUCCAUCAGUGUGUCUGUGAUGGUGGUUCAGCCUCUGGGGGAGCAUCAUGUGGGAUCAAGGCUACAAUCAUCCAAGACAAAUAGGAACUAGAUCUGUCUGGGGGUUGCGGAUCAGCUAAUUAACUAAAUAAACACGUUUCUAUACUUAGUCACAUCACCAAUAAUACACCAACUAUGAUUGAGCUGAACAUUUUUUACAAACAUUAGCUGUGUGCCCUAAAACUUUAGGGAAAGCUUUUAAGUCCAAACCUUCUUUACCAUGAUAUCUUUGGCGAAAAUUGGGAUUUAAGAAUGAAAAAAAUAAGCAAAUCAUUUGAAUGUUUUUUGUUUGUUGAGACAUUUGGAGAAGCAAUGCCACAUAUUGCAUAAAAUGGGCAUCAAUGGGUCCUCCUUUGACCAGAGCCACUGCCUGGCACAGGGUUGGUAACGGAGGCAGUAAAGAGCUUGGAUGUUCUCCACUGCCAAUCCUGAUGUCAUCAUAACACCUCUGAACUCUAUGUAGGUAAACGUUAUGGAAAAGCUCAAUCAUAGUUUGGUUUAAAACGAUGCCGCUGAUGACUAUGAAGAAUGCUGGAGAAUACUGCCUGUGUUCUUCAUGUUAUCCUGGUCAAGGCUCAAGUGUGUGUUCAAAAUGGACAGAUUUUGUUUUGAUCCAAAAGCAACCCAGACAGAGCUGCAGCCUUGAAAAUGAGAGGGUAUGGAGUCACAGAUGAUCCAACUAAAAACUAAACCUGGCUACUUUAUAUAAACAAACAUGAUUAUUUUAUAUCCAUAUGAGCAUAAUAAUUUUCUACUUAUUAUUACACAUGACCUAGUGAAUAAUGCUUUAUGAAAGUAAUCCAUUAUUAAUAUUACCAGGCCUAUAAUUGCAUAUAAGGUUUUUAUUCCCAAGUUAAUUGCUUUAUUUAACAUAAUCCUACCAAAAUGAUUCAUAUAAAUUCUGAAAUACUUAUAAUUAGACAUGCUUCAUUGAAGAACAGUAUAAGUCCUCUCUCCUCUUUGCAACAAAGACCAUCCCUGAAAGUUUAUUCUUUAUUAAAAGUCCAUAUUGUAUAGGAGAUUACCUAAAUUUAACUCUAAGCUUUUGUCUUAACUGUUGAGUGCUCCUUAAAAUGUAGAUGGGCCUAGUUGAAGGAUCUCUGUAGCUGUAUUGAUAAACUUUAUCGCUGUGUAUAAGACUGCUCAUUUUCAUCGACAAGUGAAUACGAAUAUGGAUGUGUGAGUCAAACAGAAAUGGGGUAAAACAAUCGCAAACAAACAUGAGUUUCAAUGGGUGUAAAUAAUACCCAGACAGAGCCAAUCGGAAAGGUGCAUGAAGCUGGAUCUGAGGCGUUUAGCCAUUUGUUCUACAGAGGAUCUGUAGGGAUCUGAGAGCGAAACUGUGUGACCUUCACUAUCAAUGAUUGACCUAAAUUAGGUCUCUUUCUAAGGAGAGAUACACUGAAGUAUUUAUGUGUGUGUAUACUGUAUACUGUCAUUCUCCAUGGACAUGUUUCAAACUAUGUGACAGAGAGAGAUUGUUAGACCAUCAUCAGGUUGUUUGCAGGGAACAGAUAGCCAUGAUAAUAUAGACAAAAGAUAAUGUAUUUCUAAAGACCUGUCAUUCGCGAGAACCCCCCCAAAAAAAAUAUUUCUGUCUAAAUAUGUUGUGUAAAUUCCUCCCAUUAUAUAGAUCACAUGACUUUCUGAAGCAAAAUGACCUGAGCUUUCUGUCUGUCUAUUGGGUGUGUUGCAACUCUACUGUGGGCUCAUUGUCCUGAGGUGAAUUUUUUAAUUGUGAUUACAUUGUCGUCACACUUUGUAGCAAGUAGAAUUAUUUUCAGAAAAUAUGUGAGUAAAAAUCAAUGUAUAAUUGGGUUGUUAAUAAUAUACUUGCUAGCCUGAAAAAUAGGGAAUUGAUAUUUGAUACGGACAAUGACUUAAUUCAUUAUACAUAGUAUUGACAAAGGACAAAAUUAUUAUUUUGCCAUAUAUGGGGAAAAAGAAAAACUAGACUUUUGAAAUUAAAGAUCCUUUUCCACAUUGCAACAAUAAAAUGGAAAGAGCAGGUGUAAUUUGACCUGGUAAUAUCAACCAUCACAGAGAUGCAGACAUAGGGUAGCAAGGCUUAUCACAAUAAAGAGAGGACAUACUUAAUUUUACUGUUCUUGUUAAAAUAGUUUUUUCUUAUCAGGUUUACAUUCCAUUUUGUCAGCUCUAGUCAAUUAUGUUACCAUAGUAAUAUCCAUGGAUUGUUUGAAACUGUCACAACUGCUUAUUGAUUGUUUACAGAGUUUUCUUUUUUGUAUUCAGAAGUACUUAAAUACCACUUUACUCAGAAAUCAAAUGGUACAAAUCACAACCCAAAGCAGACACAUACUUACAGAAUAGUCAAUUUCAUUGUAUCUAAAUGUUUUUUAGUUUUUUUUCAAUAUGUGUACCCACAAUUUGUGUGACUGGUUUGACUCAAACUGGAAAAAAAUCACAACACUGGACUGAAACCUGUUCUGAAAGCUGUUCUUACAUUCUAAGGUUUUUAAGCUUUAUCUCUUUCCAGCGCAAAUACUCCACAAAUCUAAGGUACUGCUCUAUACCAUAUCAUACGUUUGUAUUAGAUGUUGAAGUCUUUGCAAUGUAUGCCUCUAAAGUUUUAGAGUGUUUUGAAGUGCCAUGAAAAGUGUUGUUGAACAAGCAUCGUUCAGUCAUUCACAGACUCACUCAUUCUGAAUAAGUGAGUAAGGGUUGAGUUAGUUCCUCUCAGAAAGGGAAGUAAAUGUAUACGAGUAUGGCAUCUUAUACUGGCAUGGGGAACAUCCAAGCCAUCAAUGCCUCUAUGCCAGUAGAGUGCCAGGCAGUGCUAUAGGUCUAAAGGAGGGCCUGUUUGAAGACCCACUAUAGCAAAAAGUGGCAUUGAAAAGGAGGGAAGGGUACAUGGGGCAUGGACACUGCUCAUCAACCUUCAAAGUAUCAUACAUCUGUGUUGGUUGUACUGUCUGUAGCCUAAGGUACCUAUCUUGUUGUUAGGAGACUGCAGGGAGAGAUGUUAAAACAUGUGUGUUGUGUGGUAGAAGGUAUGAAUGACUGAAGGAUGCACAGAGAGCAAAGGCCAGGGUUUCAUGUGCUUGAGACCACCUGUCAGUGUUUUAGUCAACUUAAGAGUCAGGACUAUGAAACUUCACACAUUGUUGCAUAUUUUUGUUAAACUAUUUUCUUGCUGUAAAGGAUGGAUAUAACUUAUUUGCUGGAAAAUGUACUAGAUGUAAUAAAAUAUAUAAUACUAUGGGGGGAUUUAAGUCUUAACAACACAUUGAAAUUGCAGUUGGCAGUUUUUAAGUUGAUUUUGAUGGAGAAUACAAAUUAUUAUUUUUUUUGGGGGGGGGUGCCUGUCAGUUCAGAUGGAAUUCAGGACAUUGCUCUCACAUGUCACAUAUCUGAUUCUUUGGCACAUGGUCAUUGCAGGAAUCAGGAGUUUGAAAUAGCCUACUUAGUUUUGUCGAAGCGAAAAUAGAUAUAUGGAGAAUUUGAUGGUGCUGAGUUGAUCUACCUGACUCUGUCAAAUAUAAUCUGCUGACAAAUAUACUGUCUUGUACAAAAAGUUUGUACAUAAAUUGUACAUGAUUUCUUUUUGUAUUUUCUCAAAUUAAAAUGGAUGUAUUUGUGUUCUAAAACUG